GGCGUGGCCUCCGUCUGGCGCCCCAGCGCUUGCCGGACGCUUCCGGUGUCUGGCUGAAACUGGCCUCUCUUGUUGACACUUUGUUGUGGCGCUGCCCGGUUUCUCACGCUCGGUUUUCGCUCCUGGGAGAAUGCUUUAGGCCUCGUUCACGCGGACAGUUGCCGCUACAAAGCACCGGGCUUGUAUCAUGUCCUCGGGCCGCCAGUCACAGCAACUCUCUGGGCCAGGAGGUGGGGGUACGGGCCCAUCUUCCUCUUCAUCAUCUGCCCCUUCUUCCUCUUCAUCCCCAGGCCCUCUCCGACCAAGCCUCGUUUGUCCCCCGAGUCUUUCCCGGCUUGGGGUUGGGGCCAGCGGUUCGGCGUUAACCGGAAGGUCUGCAAGUUCUGCGGCUAGGAAGAGGCCGCUGUCUACUCCUCUGUGUAACGGGCUCGUCAACUCCUAUGAGGAUAAGAGCAACGACUUUGUGUGCCCCAUCUGUUUUGACAUGAUUGAGGAAGCCUAUAUGACUAAAUGUGGUCACAGCUUCUGCUACAAAUGCAUUCAUCAAAGCCUGGAAGACAAUAAUCGCUGCCCCAAGUGUAAUUACGUGGUUGAUAAUAUUGAUCAUCUGUACCCCAACUUCUUAGCUCCUGUUUCUCUUUCAGUAAAUGAAUUAAUCCUCAAACAGAAGCAGAGGUUUGAUGACAAGAGGCUGAAGCUGGACCCAUCGAAUGGACAUAGGUGGCAGAUCUUCCAGGACCUACUGGCGACUGACCAAGAUAACCUGGAUCUGGCCAACGUGAACCUAAUGCUUCAGCUAUUGGUUCAGAAGAAAAGACAGUUGGAAGCCGAGUCUCAUGCUGCUCAGCUACAGAUCCUCAUGGAAUUCCUUAAAGUAGCUCGUCGUAACAAGAGAGAGCAACUGGAACAAAUCCAGAAGGAGCUGAGUGUUCUGGAGGAGGACAUAAAACGUGUUGAGGAAAUGAGUGGCUUGUACUCCCCACCCACUGAGGACAGCACCGUGCCGCAGUUUGAAGCACCUUCUCCGUCACACAGUAGUAUUAUAGACUCUACAGAAUACAGCCAGCCACCUGGUUUCAGUGGCAACGUCCAGACAAAGAAGCAGCCUUGGUACAAUAACACGCUAGCCUCACGACGGAAGCGUCUUACAGCACAUUUUGAGGACUUAGAACAAUGCUACUUUUCCACAAGAAUGGCCCGUGUAUCUGAUGACAGUCGAACAGUGAGCCAGCUGGAUGAAUUCCAGGAGUGCCUGUCCAAAUUCACCAGAUAUAAUUCGGUGCGCCCACUCGCUACCUUGUCCUACGCCAGCGAUCUGUAUAACGGUUCCAGCAUUGUCUCCAGCAUAGAGUUUGACAGAGACUGUGACUACUUCGCCAUUGCGGGAGUGACCAAGAAGAUAAAGGUGUAUGAAUACGGCACGGUUAUCCAGGAUGCUGUGGACAUCCACUAUCCGGAGAAUGAAAUGACCUGUAACUCCAAAAUUAGCUGUAUAAGCUGGAGCAGUUACCACAAGAACCUCCUGGCUAGCAGCGAUUACGAAGGGACAGUCAUCCUGUGGGAUGGUUUCACAGGACAGAGGUCAAAGGUCUACCAGGAGCAUGAAAAAAGGUGUUGGAGUGUCGAUUUUAACCUCAUGGACCCAAAACUCCUGGCUUCUGGCUCGGAUGAUGCCAAAGUUAAACUGUGGUCGACCAACCUGGAUAACUCCGUUGCAAGCAUUGAAGCCAAAGCCAACGUAUGCUGUGUAAAGUUCAGCCCCACGUCCCGCUAUCACCUGGCGUUCGGCUGUGCAGAUCACUGUGUCCACUAUUAUGACCUUCGGAACACUAAACAGCCCAUUAUGGUGUUCAAAGGGCAUCGGAAAGCUGUGUCCUACGCCAAGUUUGUGAACGGGGAUGAAAUAGUCUCUGCGUCUACAGAUAGUCAGCUGAAGCUGUGGAGUGUAUCCAGGCCUCAUUGCCUGCGUUCUUUCAAGGGACAUAUCAAUGAAAAGAAUUUUGUUGGCUUGGCAUCUAACGGAGACUAUAUUGCCUGCGGAAGUGAAAACAAUUCCCUCUACCUGUACUACAAAGGACUUUCCAAGACCUUGCUGACUUUCAAGUUUGACACUGUUAAGAGUGUUCUUGACAAGGACCGUAAAGAAGAUGACACCAAUGAGUUUGUGAGUGCUGUGUGUUGGAGAUCACUCCCUGAUGGGGAAUCCAACGUACUCAUUGCUGCUAACAGCCAGGGCACAAUCAAGGUAUUGGAGCUGGUCUGAAAACAGGAUUCACAAUUAAAGAAUGAAGGGUCUCGCCAUCCUUUCUGUUUGGGCAAGAGCUCCACCUGCAUAAAACAUUAAAUUCGUCAGAGGAUCUGGAAGUCUGUCUUCUGGGCUGUCAUCAGCGGGGUUAGAGCUUGAGUGGGAAUAAGCGGAGCGCAUGAUGUACUGUGGCCCUUGGAGGCAUGCCAUGCUCCUCAACGUCUCUUCCCCUCUACUGUGUACUCUCUUUUGGUGCUGCUUUUUACCUUGAUACUGGGUGGAACUGUGUCUUGCUCAUUGCGCACUGCAGUUCAUACUGGCACUGAAAAACAAAAUUAUCUGAAGCAUAGAGACUGCCUGUAUUUUUAAUAUAGGGGAAGCUGAAAUAUUGAAACAUGAUAAUUCAGAGAUACAACUGAAACAAUAUUAAAAUAAAGAUAAAAUAUUUCUCAA